CAGUGUAUUUUAAAAGAAAACCACAUGUAUUUUAAAAUUGUAAGGCUGCUAAACAAUCCCCAUCUUUACUCAAUGUAAAAUAAUGUAUGUGGAUUACAGUUCUUCUGUUGUAUCCUGAUCACGUAACUUAGUUACAAUAUUAUUCAUUACUCCCCAAGAAAUAAUAAUAAUUGAAUGAAUAUAAUAAUAUAAAUGAAUAUAACAACAUAAACCUCUGCAAAACAGAAGCACUUUUACUUUUUUAUACUUUUGCCGCUAACAUUUUGAAAGUCAUGGAUUCUUUUGAAUGUGUAUGUUCGGAGGUGAACACUUGUUCCAGCUCAGGUUCGUCCUGAUCCAACAGAACCUGCGUCAGAAGGUUCCGUCACCACCGGUCCUCUCGGCUGGAGGUGCUGAUGGAACCGCGGCCGUUGGCAGCGCUGCAGUCAGUGUCAGCUGAAACGUUCCAACAGCUCCAACGGUUCGGAACUUCCAACGGUUCUGGGAACAGCAGACGGUCAUCUUUGGCGAUCCCGAGACAAAAGCAUGGAUGUUGGUGGAAGCUCCCUCCCUGAAUGCAUCAACCCUAACAACUUCCCCGCCAAACUGUGGCGUUUGGUGAACAACCCGGCAAAUAAAGCCAUCAGCUGGGACCGCGACGGCACGUUCAUCAUCAUUGACCAGCACUUGUUCGAGCGCCAGAUCCUCUCUCCGGGCACCGUCACCUCGGACAGCCCUGACGCCUUCAAGACCACCAACUUCUCCAGCUUCGUCCGUCAGCUCAACCUGUACGGCUUCCGCAAGGCCGACCCGGCUGUCACAGACACCUACCACUCCGCCGGGGACAGCGGGGCGUACCAUUACUUCCACAACCCAAACUUCAAGAGAAAUCACCCUGAACUUGUUGCAAGCCUGAGGAGACUCACUGUCGACAAUAAAGCCAAGAUACAAGCUGGUCUGAACGUGAACUGUCGGCCCCCGAGUCGAUGGCAGCGAUUCAGUGGAGGCAGUUCUUCCCUGCUUAGCGCCACACGUCAGGAGUCAACUCAUCCUUACCAUUCAAGUAAAGCCCAGGCCAUGACGGUGCACAAUGGAACCCCAGUCCCACCGCGAUACCUGAUAAGGGGUCAUGGUGCGGCUCUUUCUCCUACUGUCUUUGCCACAGACAAAGGGAUACCAGUGUCCUUAAGCCACCACUACGCUGGAGUAGCCUCGAGCUCCAAUGCUGUGCACGUUCCGCAGGGUUUACUGGGCCAUGCAAACCCUGGUAAUCAAAAUUGUGCCACUUUUAAUCCUCCUAAUGCACAAUAUCAGCCUGGCUUCUACUCCACAGUUUGCCAUUGCUACCAGCCUAACCUUGUGGCGCCACAUAUGACAUAUAGUGGGCUUCAGACGGGGUUGUUCUCUCCUCAAGGCUAUUACCAGAUUGCAGAUGAGGUGAUGCAAACUCCGCCCAGUAGCUGUCUGGUUAGAGUUGUGAACCCAGAGAAUCCAGGCCCAGUCUUAGUGCCCUCUUCUUCCAACACCUGCAACACCAUGCUGAGUGACAACCCUGCCAGCUCCAUGCAAGCUAACCCUUUUUGCACCGGACCCAUCAUAACGUCUGCAUCAGGCAAUGCUGAUCUAGUCUCAUACGGACAGCAGGAGCCGUCUGUGCUUUCAGUGCCUGAGCAAAUGCCUGAAGAUGCCAUAUUUGAGGUUACCAGUGAUGAUGCAAAGGACACUAAGGUCAAAGGUGUCGAGGUUAGCGACGCUCUCUUGGAUACCAGUCAGGCUUACAGCAGCAGCUGCAAAGGCAGCACACCAGAUGUUUAGGUCAUCACUGCAACAGGUUUAUUGGCAGAUGGUUGUAUUCCUCCAUUUAGAUCUCAGCUUGUUGAUUUGAUUUGAUGUGACAGGGAGUCUGGAUUCACUGCAGGAUGUGAUCUUAAGUUGUGACUGUUACCAGACUUUAUUCUCCUUUUGCAUGAUUCUUUGUUGUAUAAACGUGUGUUGCUCAGUUCUAAUUUAAGUCGUGUUAAAUGUACAUUAUAUGCAUUUUCAUAGUAGUGUUUUUCUUUAUUGUUAGUGACUCUGGACGAUACAUUAAUUUGAGGAACACAGUCAUAUUUGAUUUAAGUAUUGGAAUUGCUUGUACCAUGGUACACUUGAAGAACAUUUUAAAGAACAGUUUUACCUCUCCUUUUUUUAAUACAGUAUUAUCUCAGAUGUUUUUACCAACUUGUGAUGUUUUUACAAAAUUUGUAAUGUUUUUUUUUCAUUUAAAGUGAUUUAAACAGAUGUGCAGCAGUCGGCCUACCUAAAGUCAGCCUCUCCCCAAUUUAAGAGUUUGUUUUUAAUAGCAUUCGUGGUAGUGUUUGUCAUAGCAAAGAUGUAAACUGCUGUAAUGGGGGAGAAAAUAUAAAAGAAUUGUAUGAAAAUAUAAUAAUUUAAUCUACUAGCGAUUGAUUACUUUGUGGUGAUUGCAUUUCCCCACCUUUUUAUUUUUUUACUGCAUAACCUCAAAAGUUGCAGUGUUUUUAAAACG